UUCCCUUGUUUUAUAUGUCUAGUUGAUAUUUUAUAUGUACUGAGUUGAAGGCUCAGUGACUGUAAUGAAAAGUUUGUGAGAUUUCAGGCACAGUUGCUACCUUUAGCGUGCUAACGGUGGCUAGUUAGCCUGUUUUUUGUUAGCAAGCCAUGGAAAGUUAUCCAAGUGAUGGCUAGCUAGCUGCAAUUCGUUUGAUUCAUCUACCUGCUUGAAAACAAUCUGAAGAAUUACCUCUCGUGUAAAUCAAAGGAUGUUAUGUGUUGAGUAUGUUAUGAGUAUGGAUUUGAUACUUAUUUUCAUGAUCGUGCCACCCGUAAACGUAAAGGGUUAGCGGUUUGAUCUUCCUUAAGUUGUGAUGAUGAUUGUUGUACGAUUGGUGAACCGCUUGUUAGCUGUAAGCUGUCAGUCAACUAUCAAAGCAUAAUGUUAUCGCUGGGUAACGUUAGCCGGCUUGCCAGAUAGAUAGGGUUGCAUUUUAAGAACAUUCUUCUUGGAUCUGUAUUGACUAUGUGCGAACUAUGGUUGGUGCGAUACUGUAACGCUAAUAAGCUCCACUUAAAUAUUGUCAGAUAAACAUUACUUGCAAACAAACUUAAGGCAACACUAGCGGGCGUGCUAGUUAGCCAACUUGCUAUUGUAGCUAGGUCGCCGAACAACACAGCUGACGUUAGCAUUCUUUAAAGCUAUUAGUUAGCCAGCUACACAUAGGCCGUAGAUCUCUCUGCAUUGGCUGUGCUGAACACAAGUAGUGGGUGUCGGUUUUGAUGCAACGAACGACAAGUGUUACAAUAACUUGUGUAGUUUUAAAGUACGCAUGUAUGUAGUGUUUUGGCACAUGGUUUUGUCAUUUUUUAAUUAAGUUGACAUCUAGUUGUCUGGCGUGUUAACUAGUGACACAAGUUCCUGGAAACAGCCAAGUGAAAAUACGUUCCACCAUCUUGUUCAUUAGCUAGUUACACCCGGACCCGGUUUCUCAAGACGACGUGAUCUGUCAGUCUUUCCAAACACCAUCUGCCAAAUAACCACCACGUCCGAUGUUGACGGAAAACAGGAAGCGGAGGCGAAGCUGUGACAGUGAAGACGGUCAGGUCCUGCCCCAGGCGAAGAGGCCUGGCGGGGGCAAUGCCCUUCUUCCAGACCUGGGCCGAGACGCCUGGGACUCAGAGUCGUCCAGCAGCGACAGCAGUGGCGUCAGCAGCCCAGAGAGGCUGGCAGGAGCCAGCGGCGGCAGCAGCAGCAGCAGCAGCAGCAGUCUCGGCAGCAUGAAGGCCUUCGGCGUGGACGCCGGCCGAGGGAACUACAUUACCCAGGGUCCCUGCAGCCCGGCCACCUCCUCGAACCCGGGCGACGAGCCGCUGCACGCCAUGAGCUACCACGACAUCAACCGCGUCCUGCGGGAGGCGCACUUUGCCAGCCUGAGGACCAGGAGCCACCCGGGCGACACAUGACUGCCCGCCGCCGCCGCCGCCCCCCUCCGCCUACCCGCCCAACCCCCGCGCCAGUCAACCCCUCACGGGCAUUAAAACAGCAGCCAGGCCCCCCCUUGAGGACCCGACUGGAGGGACAUCAUGGGUACUUUUCCACCUCUGCCCGACCACCAUCACCCCCUUAGCACAUCCGCAUACGCCUCCGCAUCCACAUCCACCCUGGCCCACUCCAUACACACACCAUGUUAAGUGUGUGUUUGUGUUUGUGUGUGUGUGUGUGAGAGAGAGUGAAAGAGUUAGUGUGAGUGUGCAAACUACCUGUGGCUUGACUACUUUGCCCCCCCCACCACCUGACCCCCCCCCCCCCCACCACCUGACCUGACCUGACCGCCCCAUCUCCCCACUCUUCCUAUUUUAACAUGCCCAUAUGUGAGCGGGGAGUUGACCUUUGACCUUUUUUUUGUGUGCUGGAUAUUGUAUCCACUUGGGUGCUACAUAAAAGAAAAAAAAUCUGAAAAAGAGAACAACGCUUGCAAUAAUAAGUCUACAUGUUUAUUUCAGCAGUUUUCUUGCCCAGGCUUGUAAACUCAAUGCAAUGGAGAAUCUUGAAGUGAACGGGUAGAGCUGGCAUUGGGAGAGGAGAUUUAAUUGAAUUUAAUUCUGUGAGAACACAGGUAAGGAUAGUUUUGGAAAUGGUUUGACUAUAUCAACAUAGGAAUUGGAUUUGGUUUCUUCUUUGGUUCCUUUGGUUCUUCAGUUCCUUUGGUUCUCCUGCUUGUUCCUCCUGUUGAUCAGCCUAAGCAAGCUCAAGAGGGUUCUUAUUUUGUCAGCAGGAACAAAAAUGGCCUCACUGAGGGACCUCAGUACUGUAUGCACCUCAGAAGCACACACACAAACAUGCAGUCUUUGUUUCAUGAACCUCCCCAUCACCCCCUCACCCCCCCCCCCCCCCCCCACCUCCUCUACCUCCAUCCGUGAUGGUGUGUUUGCGUUUCCCCUUUCAAAGACGGAGAAACAGGGAUUUUUAGCUGUCGUGGCGGAGAAUGCUUUCAGAAAAUGAAAAAAAAAAAAAAAAAAAAAAUCUAAACAGAAAAAAAAAAAAAAAAAAAAGCAAGCAGUGUUCCACUUUAGUGUCUCGAGCCAGCCUAGGAGAUGAAAGCACAGGUGACAGACCGACCGGCAGACAGACAGACAGACAUAUCCUACACACUCAGGCUGGGGCGGAGGGGACCGCCCUCAUGUCUAAGGUGCCAUGAAGCCGAAACACUGGCAAAACUUUUAUUUUUAUUAUUAUUUUCUUUGAUGGGGGUUUGUGGAGGGUUGGGGGUGGGUUGG